UUCUCUUUUUUUUGUUUUUACUUUUUUCCUCGCUACCCCUCAUUGAGCCACUUAAGCUUGGAGCAGAUGGAAAGAUUGUAGAGGGAGGAAGUAAGCAAGCAGCACAGUGAAAGAAAGAGAGAAUUGGAAGAGACUAUGCAAAGAUUGAGGCAGCCCAGCCACGAUGCUUGAUGGACUGAAACACUGACCACCAGAGAGCCUUUUUUUUCUUCCACUUUGACUGAGCCCCCGACAGCCCAGGACACAGCCUUAAGGAGAGACAAGAAGUCGUCAUCCCAGCGGAGACGGACCAAACAAGUCCAGGACGUGGAGAAACAAAGAAAGGCAGUUAGAGGCAAGGAGAAAAAGAGGACUUCUCCAAAUGAGAGCUAAGGCAGAGGGGCAGAAGGAGAUGCUCAAAGAGACAGGACAGUGAAGAGAAGUGUGAAUGAAGUAACAGGAUUGCUGCAGGUGUGUCCACAAAGAAAGGGCGCCACACCAGAGUCACCUGAACAACAGCUGUUGCAAGAAAAACAGAGAGUGGGAAGGAUAGAGAGAGAGACAGAAAAAAGUGAGACCAGACAGAGAAAGAGCGACAGAACCAGAUAAGGAUGGCCAACUCAGGUCUCCAGUUGUUGGGUUACUUUCUGGCACUGGGCGGCUGGAUCGGCGUUAUCUCGACCACCGCCUUACCACAGUGGAAGCAGUCGUCAUACGCAGGUGAUGCCAUCAUCACAGCUGUGGGUCUGUACGAGGGGCUGUGGAUGAGCUGUGCCUCACAGAGUACAGGACAGGUGCAGUGCAAGAUCUUUGACUCCAUGCUCUCGCUGGACAUCCACAUUCAAACAUGCAGGGCCCUCAUGGUGGUGUCAGUGCUGCUGGGCUUCAUUGGCCUCAUUGUCAGCGUGGUGGGCAUGAAGUGCACCAAGGUGGGCGAUAACAACCCAGCCACCAAGACUCGGAUCGCCGUGACUGGAGGUGCUCUCUUCCUGCUUGCAGGUCUAUGUACACUGGUGUCUGUGUCUUGGUAUGCCACUCAGGUGUCUUAUCAGUUCUUCAACCCAAAUACACCUCCCAACGCCAGGUAUGAAUUUGGCUCUGCCCUGUUUGUGGGCUGGGCAGCAGCCAGUCUGACAGCACUGGGCGGCGCCUUGCUGUGCUGCUCCUGCUCCAAAGACGACAUGCGAGGGCAGCAAUACUACCGCCAAUCACAGCCUUCCACAGCCAGGGAGGCAGAGUUGUUGAGUGAAACUAGUUUCCCUGACUGAUCAGCCCCUGCCUUUUUAUCGAGGACUGUCCAACUGUCAAACCACUGUCUCCCCUUCCCCCCUGUUGUGUCUUAGACCCAAAUUUGGACCUCUUGUAUUAGAACACUUCCUUUUCCUUCGUACCAUAUCUGCAUCUCCUCGUUAUUCCCUUACCUUCUGAGCCUUUUUCUGUACAUAUGGACUCCAUAAGGACACCUGAUCAGAUCUUUUCUUUAAGAAAUGACAUGGCCUCACUCAUUUCAGCCUGUAAACACCCCUCACACCCCUGUGUCCCAUUUCCAGCUGUAAGUUAACAAUGAUUUGAAACUCUCUGUGGAACUGUUGCAUUGUUUGAUGAUUUGACUUAUAUCCUAUGACCUCUGGGUGUUGUUUUUAAAUGUGUUUUGGGUUUAAUUUGUUCUGUCUGUGACUGAAACAUUUCUUUUUUUCCCUUUUUUGAAUUGCAGACCAAAUGUUAAAAGUACCCCACCAGAGAAAAGGGAGCAGUACUUGUAGUUUGGGAGAGUCUUCAGGCCUUACCAUGGUUUAGAUUGUGCCAACAGACCAAACCCUCUCACUGAGGUAUUCAAAACAGACACUAAACACAGACUAUAUGAACAUAAAUUAUGUUGAAGUAAAAAUGAAAUUGCUUUUAAAGGUUUAAAUGAAGGAUUUAAAUGAAAGGAUUAAAACAAGCCAAUAUCCAAGUCUUGUCUGUUUUGCUGACUUUGGGAGAGACAUUCAUUCAGGGUAUGUUUUCUAUAAUAUUUUAAAUGCCCAGGUGUAUAUACCACCUACUCUAUUCAUCUUUGUUUUUUUACUACAUAUAUAAUGUUUUACUACAAUGCCUUAUAACACGUUUGUGUACAUGUAUGAUUUUGACUACAUGGAUUUCAUCAUAGUUUCACAUCCCAAAUGAGGGACGUGUGUCCACAUCUGUAUACCUGUUUUCUGUUGACAGAUAUCUGAAAAUGAAUGUGAAGCUACUAUACAGUACCACUUAUGAAAGUACAAAGACAUAUAAAUGCUAGAUCUUCAGUAUAAGGCCUUAUGCACUGUUGUUGCUGUGUGUCUGUUUCUAAGUAGCCUAGAUUGAGGAUAUAAUACCCAGCACAUUCAUUUUUUUUUUGUUGUUAAAUGCCAACAUGAUUUUGUGUGAAUGGUGGAGUCGUUGUAUUUUUGACUCCUAAGAAUAUACUGUACUGUGUGCUGUUUUCUGUACUAAGGAGCACCAGUUUGCUGAGUGUUCAAAUACCCUUCUUAUACCUGCAUUUAUUUACCAUGCCAUUCCUGUCUCUAAUAUAUAUCCCAUCCAUGUUGUGUAUCAUCUCAUUUACAGUAUACCCCUGUCUGUUUCUUUUAGAAUAAAGAACAGCAACAUAAAAAAAAUAAAAGUAUUUGGCGGUGA